GUCAGUGAACGCACCUUUUGAGUUCCCCUUCGCCUCGUUGUUUUCUCGCUUUCCCGUCAGCACUGCAGCUGGCAGCGCGGUUUCGUCCUGCAAGGUUCCGCCGAGCGGCUCGACUCGUUGUUUGCUGGUCGACCCGGGAGUAGCGAGAGACGGACUUGGACAACCGACCGGGUCGAGAGGUGAAGUUUUGUGGGCUGAGGUGGGAGGAAGGGGGAAAAAGGGGGCAAAAGGGAAAGGAAAGGGGUGAAACCCCGACGGGGCGAGCGGAAGAAAGAAACGAAGCAGUGCACGGCAUGAACUCAGCGAGAGCUCGUUGUGGAUGAAUUUGGCCAUUUUUUAAAGCGAAAAACCAAAGUUUCUCCAAAAGUGUCGGCGGCGAAGAAGAGGACGACGAAGACAAGAUGAUUACGCCCUACUUCGUGGACAAUUUCUGGGGCGACAAGAACAACGGCUUUGAUGUGCUGUACCACAACAUGAAGCACGGACAGAUUUCCUCCAAGGAGCUGACCGACUUCAUCAGGGAAAGGAGCGUCAUCGAGGAGGCCUACGCCAGGUCCAUGAGCAAGCUGGCCAAGACGGCGGGCAACUUUUCCCAGCUGGGGACCUUUGCGCCGGCGUGGGAGCUGUUUAAGGGCUCCACGGAGAAGCUGGCCGCGUGCCACAUGGAGCUGGUGCGCAAGCUGCAGGAGCUCAUCAAAGACGUGCACAAGUACGUGGACGAGCAGGCCAAAGCGCACAAGAAGACAAAGGAAGAGGUGGCGUCCACCUUGGAGGCGGUGCAGAACAUCCAGAGCACGGGGCAGGCCCUGCACAAGUCCAAGGAGAGCUACAACGCCAAAACCGUGGAGCAGGAGCGCCUCCGCAAGGAAGGGGCCACCCAGAGAGACGUGGACAAGGCCGGACUCAAAGCCAAAAAAGCCACAGAGACGUACAAGUCGUACGUGGAGAAAUACGCCUACGCCAAGUCGGACUUUGAACUCAAGAUGGAGGAAACGGCACAGAAAUUCCAGGCCAUCGAAGAAAGCCACGUCCUGCGCAUGAAGGACAUCAUCCGCUCGUACUCGCGGGCCGUGGACGAAACGCACGUGCAAAUAGGAGAGGUUCACAAUGAGUUUGUGAGGAACGUGGAGAACACCUCAGCGGAGAGCUUGAUACAGAAACUGGCCGAAAGCAAAGGAACGGGCAAGGAGAGACCGGGGCCCAUCGAGUUUGAGGAGUGUAACGCCGCCAUGGCCGCCGAAGGUGCCAAAGCCAGGAGGAGAAAGCCAUUCGGCAUCCCGGGACGCCGGAAAGACAAAGACACCGACUCCACGGAAUCGACGGAGGCAGAAAGUAACGCUGCCAACGGCGCUCCCCCCGGAUACUACGGGGCCAUAGACAUUCAGAACGCUAAUGUUCCGCGAGUUGACGACGAGGGCUUCUGCAUCCGGCCCGAAUCCCUGGAGAAUGAUGCCAAAGAGAAUUCCUUCUACUCGUCCAGCGACUCGGAGGACGAGGAGGAGCCGCGCAAGUUCCACGUGGAGAUCAAGCCCGCGCAGCCCAACGACGGCGCGUACCACAACCGCGCCGCCAUCGACGAGCUCAAGGCCUCCGUCGGCAACAUCGUCCUGUCGCCGCCGACCUCGGGCCAAAUGCGGAGGAACCAGUCCAGUGACGAGCUGGCCAAAGCGCGAGCGCCGGCUUCAUACGAACUGAGCAACAACGACCUGCUGUCCCUGGAUCCGCUCGGCCCGUUCCUGGGCGCCGCUUCCUCCCAUCUUGCGUCCGCAGCUUGGUCGGCCUCGUCUCCGCGGGGCUCGCCGGAAACGCCCGCCCGGGCCCGCAGCGCCCCCGUGGAGCCCGCCGAUCGCGCCUGCGACGGCGCCCUCUCCUCCGCGCUGGGGGCCCCAAGCGGGCGACGAGCGGCCAGCCGGGCGAGCCGCUUCCUGUCGGACGACUCUGCCGGCCCAGGAUUUUCCGACACGUUCUUGUGGCCGAGCGACGGGGCUGCGCCAGUAUUGCUGGCGCCCAAGCGUCCGAGCGCCCCUGCGACGGCGGGCGCGCUGGUGCCGCCGCCGCCGCGUCCCUCCUCCCGGCCCAAACUCCCCGUGGGAAAACUCGGCGGCAUCGCGGAGAUUACGAGACCCUUCAGUCCGGCCGGCGCCAGCCCGCCCCCCGCCGCGCCGCUGGCCCGCGCCGAGAGCUCGUCGUCGCUGUCCUCCAACGCCUCGAUCGGCGCCGCCAACAACCCCGCCGUGGGCACGUCCCGCGGCCCCAGUCCGGUGACGCUGGCGUCGCAGGACGCUCUGCCCAUCGCCGUGGCCUUCACGGAGGCCGUCAAUGCUUACUUCAAAGGCGCCGACCCCGCCAAGUGCAUCGCAAAGAUCACGGGCGACAUGACGCUGUCUUUCCCCUCGGGCAUCGUCAAGGUGUUCACGGGCAACCCCUCGCCCGCCGUCCUCGCCUUCAAGUUGAAGAACGCCGGCCGGCUGGAGCAGAUCCUCCCCAACCAGCAGCUCCUCUUCAGCGAUCCGUCCCGGGGCGACUCAGAGUGCAAGGACUUCUGGUUCAACAUGCAAGCGCUGACCGCUUACCUGCGCAAAGCCUCGGAGCAAAACCCCGCCGCCUCCUACUACAACGUGGACGUCCUCAAGUACCAGGUGCGGUCGGACGGCAUCCGCUCCACGCCGCUGAACCUCGCCGUGUACUGGAAGUGCGCGGCGGACUCCACCGACGUGCGCGUGGACUACCGCUACAACCCGGACUCCAUGGCGGCGCCGGGCCCGCUCGGCGCUCUGCAGAUCCUGGUGCCCGUGGACGGCGGCGUCACCGGCAUGCAGUCGCUGCCCGUCGCCCUUUGGAACGCCGAGCAGAGUAAAUGUCUUUGGAAGCUGAGCGACAUUUCGGAAAAGUCUGAAAACCAAGGCGCCGGCUCCCUGCGGGCCAAGUUUGAAGUGUCGGCCGGGCCGUCCAAGCCGUCCACGCUGGCGGUGCAGUUCAUGGGCGAGGGCGGCACGCUGUCGGGCGUGGACAUGGAGCUGCGGGGCGCCGGCUACAGGCUGUCGCUCAGCAAGAAGAGGUUCGCCACGGGUCGCUACAUGGCAGAUUGCUGAGGCCGUUUGCCGAGAAAGCCUUUGGAAAGCCGAGGAAGCCUUUCGAAGGCCGCCGGCGGGAAUCCCCGCAACGAAGCGCCGCCGAGUACCCGACACUGUUGACUGGAAAAAAGGCAAAGGUGAGCGUGGAGGGCCCCGCGGCGCUUCGACCGUUUUCAGCCUCUUGAUCCCCAACGGAGCGCUUGAUCUCAUCGACGUGAGAAAAAGAAGGCGGGCCGCGCUUUUUUUUUUUCCUCUCGGCGUAACCCCGUGCACUGUAUCAAUAUUAACAGCUAGAAAAACCUUCAGCAUCAUUUUGCGGACGGCGCGGCAAUGAAGAAAGAGUCGAAAAAGCCACGACCUCAGUGCCUCCUCGCAACAGCGCUCGUUUUUUUCAAAACGGGCGUUUGGGUUUCAGGGCUCUUUUUUAAAUGUGUUUUAAAACAACUGUUGUAAAAAGCGUUGCGAUGCUUUAAAAAUUAACUCGUAGCCUUUCAACAAAACUUGAACUUUUUUCGGGGGGGUCGCAAUUUGUGCCCUUGUCAGCCAAGAAAAAACCGUGCCUGAUCCAUAGCAGCGCCUCUUGUUGGGAUGCUGAAAGGAACAUGUCUUUGCCAUCCGAGGCUUUUUCCUAAAAUGGCCGCCCGUCGGUGUGGCAUGAUCUGGAGAUUCUUGUGUGCCGCGGACAAGAAAUAAAUCAGCCAAUCAGAAAUCAGCCCUUUGAAGUAUGCCACCUUCUGAGUCGCCACUUUUAGCAAGCUGGUUCUUGCUCGAAAACGGGGGAAAGGGGGGGGGCUCGUGUUUGGCCACUUUUUUCUUUGCAAAUUGAUCUCAGUGAUUGUCAAACAUUGUAAUUGCUUUCGUUCAACAAAUAGGAGCCACUUAUUUGUCUGUGUGUCAUGAAUUCUCACUGUGCCUGUAUCAAAUGUGUAAUAUAUGAAUCUAUACAAAUAUAUGAAUGACUACUUUAA